UUUUAAUUAUGUUCAAACAAUCAUAAAAUGUAUAGUAAAGGUUCAGAACAACUGGUUGUAAACUAUUCUGUACAGAAUCCACCCUAUGGCGCAGUAAUUUUAUCAAGUAUAUCGAAAUACUUACAGAAAUCAGAUUCUUCUAAAGUAGUCUUUAAUUUAGAUAACAAAUUGCAAAACAAUGAGUUCUCUCUAAACGGAGAUAAAUUUAAUGAAGUUGAAUUGUUGAAAAACCUUUGUUCUGUACUUCCACAUUGCGAUAAACUUCUAGAUGUCGUGAAUCACUCAGAAUUGGAGUAUUGGUUUAAGGUUUUGUUAUCAGAAAGAGCGAAAUUAACCGAAAAUAAAGGAACAUUAGCAGAAAAUGAUAGUUAUUUGGAAAAUAUGAAUAACCACUUGGCGCAAAGAACAUAUUUAAUAGGCCAUAGAUUAUCAUUAUCAGAUAUUUUACACUUCAGCCUUUUAAGAAGAACAUGUAAUGUAAACUCUCUUAAGAAUAAGUACCCUCAUCUUGUUAGAUGGUAUAACUUCAUUUCAAACGUACCAGGAACAUCUGGAUGUUUAAAGGGCUAUGACACUCCAUCAAGCGCAACAUAUAAGAAGCCAUUUACAAAACAAGAACAACAAGAUAACUCUUACAAAGGUGUUCUUAAGGGGGCUAAGGAGGGUUGUGUCGUCACCAGGUUCCCCCCGGAACCAUCAGGUUAUUUGCAUAUUGGGCAUGCAAAAGCAGCACUGCUGAACUUUUACUUCGCUCAAAAGUACAAAGGGAAAAUGCUCGUAAGGUUUGACGAUACUAACCCCUCUAAAGAAAAGGACGAAUAUGUGGACUCAAUUAUGGAGGACCUGGAGAGCCUAGGAAUUAAAUACGAUGAACUUAGUUACACUUCAGACUAUUUUGACACAUUCCAGGAAUACGCAGUCAAGUUAAUAAAAAAAGGCUAUUGCUACUGCGAUGACACAGACGUUGAAACAAUGAGGAAGCAGAGAGGAGAAGGUGUUGAGUCACCAGCAAGAAACAACUCAGUUGAGAAAAAUUUGGAACUCUUUAAUGAAAUGCUUAAGGGUAGUGAAGUUGGAGUAAAGAAUUGUUUGAGAGCAAAGAUGGACAUGACCUCUAAGAACAAAUGUUUGAGGGACCCAGUGUUUUAUAGAUGUGUGACAAAUGUGCCUCACCAUAGAACUGGAGAUAAGUACAAAGCCUAUCCAACUUAUGAGUUUGCAUGUCCCAUAGUUGACUCACUCCAGGGAGUUUCCCACUCCCUCAGAACAAACGAGUAUUCAGAUAGGAUCCCUCUUUAUAACUGGGUACUAGAGAAGUGUGAGCUCAGGCAUGUAGAGAUCUAUGAGUUCAGCAGAAUGAAUUUUGUGAGAACAACACUUUCCAAGAGAAAGUUGAGAUGGUUUGUGGAAAACAAACUAGUCACAGGAUGGGAUGACCCCAGAAUGCCAACAGUUAAGGGAAUACUUAGAAGAGGGUUAUCAGUUAAGGCAUUGUUUGAAUUCAUUUUGGAUCAAGGACCAUCAAAAUCGGUUAAUUUGAUGGAGUGGGAUAAGUUGUGGGCGAAGAAUAAGCAGAUUAUAGACCCAGAGUCACCUAGAUACACAGCUGUUGUUUCAGACCACGUUGUUCUUAAGGUAGUAAAUUACGAAGAACCAGCUACUAAAACAAGGCCACUUCACCCUAAAAAUCCAGAUUUGCGGGAGAUCGAUCUUGUUUUCGGAGACCAAGUCAUGAUUGAAAGAGAUGAUUUCAACUUAAUUGAGAAAUCAGAAGAAGUUACAUUAAUGAAAUGGGGAAAUGCAUUUGUAGAUAAAGCUAAUCUACAACUUAAAUUAAACCUUCAAGGAGAUUUCAAGUUAACAAAGAAGAAAAUACAUUGGUUACCUCUGAAAACACCCACCAAUGUUGUUGAGUGUGACUUGGUUGAAUAUGGGCACUUGCUGAAAGUUGACAAAGUUGACGCAGAACUUUUAACAGAGGAUGAUAAUAUGAGAGAGUUCCUUGAGCCACAAACUGAAUGGGUAACAAAGGCUCUAGGAGAAUCGGCUUUAUCCAAGCUUAAAAAAGGAACGGUACUACAACUUGAGAGGAAGGGAUACUAUAUAGUUGACAAGCCACACGAUUCUGGAAGAUUAGUAUUAGUUCAAAUUCCAGACGGGAAAGUUGCAAAACCUAAACAGAAGAAGUGAUUCAGCACACCUAACGACUCCAACUUACUAAACUCCCACUUCAUUGGCCAAUAUAUUAAACAUUUCUCUAAUUUUUUCCAUAAUAUGUAUUUGGAACACUGGAUAAUCUGUCUUCCCUUGCACAUUGUUGCACAUGUUUAGCCUUCUGGCAGGAAGGCAAACCCCGCUCUGGAAAUUCGUGAAUACGUAGUUUAACAAGUUUUAAUCUGAUAUUGUCCA